AUGAGGGUAGAAUAUAAUAAUUCAAUACAACAAAAGAUAAUAAAAAGAAAUUGGUAUAGGGUUAUUAUAAUUGGAAUAUUAUUAUCUCUUCAAUAUAUUAUACCGGUUGAUGCUGACCCUGCUGAAGCAAGAUGGGGUCACGCGUCUGCUUUAAUUAAUAACGGACUUUAUGUAUAUGGAGGUAGGACAGCUGAUUCACCAAACAAUGACACAUCGAAUGUGAAUGAAUUAUUAUAUUUAGACGUAUCAAAAUCAUUUAAUCCCGCGGAACCUCCAUGGGAAAUAAGAAAUUCAUUAUUGGUAACCGGAGGUCAACCACCAUUUUUAUCAUUUCAUUCAUGUAGUGUGGGAGGAAAUCAAAAUGAAUUAUUAAUAUUAUUUGGAGGUGCAUCAAGAGAACAAGAUCCAGAAGAUAAUCCAUUAUUUGAAUAUAAUACAACAACCGGAACAUGGUUAAAUCUUGCUGUAACAACAGCAAAUACUCCUCCGAGAAGAAGUGAUCACACAAUAGUAACAACAAGUAAUUCAAUUUCUUAUUUAUGGGGAGGAACUCCCUCUGAAGCUGAGGAUACGAAUAUUAAAGCAUUAAAUCAAUUAUAUAAGUUAACUACAGGAGAUACAAUAUCGUGGGAAUUAACUACAGCACAAAAUUCAGUUGGUAGAUGGGGACAUUCUGCUACUUUGUUAAGUGAUGGAAAAAUGUAUAUCAUUGGCGGAUUAUCCGAUGGAAAUAUAUUAGCUUCAAUGACAGAAAUCCCUGUUUAUGAUACCUUUCGAGAAAUAUGGUUAAGUCAAACUGCUACAGGGGAUACAAUUCCAGCACAAAGAAGGGGACAUAGAGCAGUUGGAACAGAAGACAAUAGAAUAAUUAUAUAUGGAGGAACAACAGCAGGUCGUGAGACGUAUUUUGAUGAUAUAGCAGUAUUAAAAGUGGUGGGAGAUGGAUUAACAUGGGAAACACACACAGUAGCAGGAAACCAACCACCAGGAAGAUAUGAUCAUUCAAUGACGUUGGUUGGAUCAAAAGCAAUUGUUACUUAUGGUCUCGGAAAUGAUUUUCUUGAUGCGGGAACAAAAUUAUUUGUAUUCGAUAUUGAUUCAUAUACAUGGGAACAAACUUAUAAUCCAAGUCCAUCUGUUAUGCAAAAUCCGUCUACAGUUAGUAACGAAGCAACUCCAACUGAUAUGGCUUCGAUGAAGACGAGUAGUUCUAACAAUAAUUUAGGAUUAAUUAUUGGGGUGUCUGUUGCUGGCGGUGUGGCAAUUAUAAUUUUGCUUGGAUUGUUAUUCUAUUAUAUUAGAAAAAGAAAGAGACAACCCCAAUUUACUUCCAUGCCUUAUGAAAAACAACAAGCAUCAAUCCCUCCAAUCGCUGGUCCUGCUCCAUUAUAUAACUUAAAUAAUUUUGGUCCUUCAUCACCAUCACAAGGAGGUGCUGGUGGAACUACUGAUAAUGCUCCAUUUAUUCCUCCAUUUGCCUCUACUAGUCAUCAACGUCAACCUUCUCUUGGUUCAUUAAGUGAAACAAGAAAUUUAACACCUGUCGAUCAACACGAUUCUUUGGGUUCGGCUCCAAGUAAUAGCUCACAAUCUCAAUUACCUCAAAUUAAUAUUCCUUACGAUUCGAGUUAUUAUAAACCUUUCACUUCUAGACCUACAUCGCCACUGGCUAACCCAAACCCUAAUGUUAAUUACUUACCUCAAACACAUUCUCCUAAUAUAAUCCCUACUCCACCUCCUUCCACUCCUACUCCACCAUCUAUGUCUCCACCUAUUUCUCCGCAAAAAGAUAUUUUCCCUAGUAAUGUUGCUGCUACUGGUGCAUCUAGUAGUACAAAAACAUCAUCGUCUAAUUUACGUUUAGAUUCUGAUUCAAAUACAGCUCCCGUUGAAUUUGAUUUUAACCUACCUCCUGUAGCCCCAUUAUCAUUUAAUCGUACAAGAACUCCUUCUCCUUCUCAAGCACAAGCACAGGAACAGGAACAAGCACAGGCACGACAACAACUUUCAACACUCCAAAUACCAAUAUCAACUUCUUCAUCAUCUUCAUCUCUACCACAAAAUUCAUCAAAUGAUUUGGUUUCGUCUCCAAUAGAAAUGGAAACAACAGAAACGACAACAACGACAACAGCAGAAGAUGAAAGAACGGAUGGAUCAUUUAAUAGUCCGUUAUUCCGCACAGAAGCGUUAUCUGCAUUGGCUGGUACUGCUGCCGCUGCUUCUCCUACUGAUAGAUCAUUAAGUUUAAGAAGUGUUCCUAGGUUAAAUACUUCAACUCCGAGGAACAGUAUUGGUCUAUCUUCACCACCUCCUACUUCAGCUAGUAGUAGGUUAAGAAGUAGUACUUUGGAAGGUCUACGUACUCAUGAUGGUAGUGCAACUAAUAGUAGUAGGCCUACUUCUCCUACUUAUACUAAUACUCCUGAUGAUCAACAACCAAGAGGACGAUUAUUUGUAGCAAAUCCUGAUCCAUCUGAUGAGAGCGAUUAA